CAAAAAGAUACCGUAACAACGGCCUUUGGUAACCCAUAGUUUAAAACCAACAACAAACAUUAUUAACGAAUCAGAUAAUAACUUAAAUAUGACCAAAGUAGCGAACGUAAAUUCUAGUUUUGCUUACGAGAUAUUAAUGUACCUUAAUUCAUUUUAUUUGGGCAUGUUUUUCGUUUGUGAAGUGGCCAUGGGAAUUUUGAAAGCCAUAAAUGUUUCUUACCCAGAAAAUGCUUUACUGACUGAGGCUGGUAUAUUUUGUGCAUUGUGUCUAAUAGAAGUGCUCCGUAUAUUUUUAGGAAGAAGGGGAAACCUUGCUAGUAAAAAGAUUCCUGUAUUUUUUUCGGUGAUACUAACAAUACCAUCGGCUGUUGGUGUAUGCUAUUUUCUAAUUUAUCAAACCUAUAUUUUAAGGCUCGAAUAUAUUUGGUGUGCUGUUAUGUUGAUAUUUCAUGCACUUGAGCUAGCGUUUGCUAUCCUUUUCAUUUUUACUGUAUGUAAGAAUCAUCAAUAUGACUAGAACAGGUUUAAAAGUACCUCCUUGCCAAAGAAAUAUUAGCCAACUUGCUUAAAUUAUCAUUGAAUUCAAAUGAGUGAUGGCCUGUCUAUGAUUUAAGGAGUUUCACACAUCUUUGUAGGAGAGUACUUUUAAACCUUGGCAACUAAAAAGCAUCUAAUGUCUGUGAAUUAACAUUUAGUGCAUAGUAUAACAUAUUGUAUAGACAAAAUAUACUGUAGAAAAUAUAAAUGUCUCAACUAGCUUGUAAAUUAUAUAGGUACUAUACGUGUUGUACUAUAACUUCAUAACUAUUUAACUGCUAUAAUAAUAACUUUGUGCUAAUCAUCAGUAUUCACUAAAUAUAUCAUAUAAGUAUCAUGUUCGCUAUCACUAUAUGGUUGUAAAUAGUACUUAGUAGGAAAGAAAUAAAACGCUAAAUCCU